UAUCAAUCUACAUGGUCUCAAACGCUGAUACCACCCACCACCUUCACCCAAACAACACUCUUUUCUGAAGCUCCUAUAUCCACGGUUGAGAUGCCGCCGCGCGGUCCUGGGCUUCCAGAGGUUAUGAAAGCCCGAAUUUCAGAACUCCGUUCUUUGGGCUGGUCGCCGAAUCGAAUCCACAAAAAGCACCCCGAUAUCAAGUUAUCGACGAUCAAAAGCUAUAUUACACGAGAAGCAGCUAUAGCUCGGCGAGCCACCGACCAUACCCCCUCGAAACGCGGACCGAAGCGAAAAUUAACUGAAGAAGACCGCGACCGUAUAUACGAUAUUAUAUACCAUGAAGACCCUCAUAUUAAGCACCGUGAUCUCCUUCAGGAGGUCGACGAUAAGGUCAAAUUAACGUCGCUUCGUAACCUUUUACGAGAAAUGGGUAAACGCAAGUAGCUCCAAAAGCGGCGACCUAUGUUAACCACUAAUCACGCCCGACAGCGUCUUCAAUGGGCUCGGCGACAUAGAAGAUGGACGGCGAUUUGAUAGCGUCGAAUACGCUAGAGUGACGAGUGUUCAGUUAAACGAGGAACUGGAAUUCAGCCCGUAUGGACUUUUACGCGAUCGUGCGAUCAAGCCCGCCUUAGCGACGAAAAAGAGGUCCGGUGUGGGAAGGGGGUAAAAAAGAUGCUAUGGGCUUGCUUUUCUUAUCACGACCGGACCAUUCUUGUUCCCCUUAACGGCGACGAGGAGUCUAAACGGCAAGGGAUUAUAACACGUAUUAUUUGAGCUCUAUACGAAAGCAUUCCUCCCGGAGUUCGUAACCCGCGAUGGUAUCUUUAUGCAUGAUAACGCGAGAGUCCAUACGGCUAGAAUAGGAAGCAGAAGGAUGGUAUACGGAUAGGUAGUAAAUCAAUGAUAUUGUAAUAC